AUGGGUUUGGGAAUCCUCGAGGACCGGGCUCUGGACCACGUUCCUGGGACAACCCGCUAUUUCGAUGACCCCGAACGGACGCAGUACGCCGAUGACGACGGCGGCAUUGCUGCUACUCGACACAGAAAUCUCAAGGUCCUGAAUGGCAUCAUUCUCGUGCCCCAGCCGUCCGACGACCCUAAUGACCCUUUGAACUGGCCGCUGUGGCGCCGCGAUCUCAUCACCUUCAUCCUCUCCAUAUCCGCCAUCUUUGCUACCUGCCUCGGCCCCAUUCUUGCCGCCAACACCGUCACCAUCUCCCUCUACAUUAGCAAAGACUUCACCGAUGUCGCCCUGUUGACCGGCUACUUUCUUUUGGGCACCGGGUUCGCCGCCGCCUUCUUCGUUCCCUCCAGCCGCGUCUGGGGCAAGCGCCAUGCCUUCCUCCUCGGCAUGAUCAUCCUCAUCUUCAGCAGUGUGUGGGGCGGCGUCGUGGGCCACCACAAGAACUACAACAGCUUCCUCUGGGCCCGCAUCAUCCAGGGCGUCGGCUGCGCCCCCUUCGAGGCCCUCGUCAAUGCCGCCGUCGGCGAUCUGUAUUUUGUCCACCAGCGCGGCAGCAGGAUGGCCUUUACCAACCUCGCUGUCUUUGGCGGCGCCUUCUUCACCCCCAUCCUCGUCGGCAAGAUUACCCACACCCUUGAGUGGUGGUGGACCUUCUGGCUCGUCGCCAUCUUCUGCGGGGCCUGUCUCCCCGCCCUGAUCUUUCUGUGCCCAGAGACAUCGUACAGGCGGGACACCAGGCUCAACACGGACAUGCUGGCCGAGGACGAGACCACCGCCGUCACCAAGGAGGCUGAAGCCCCCACGCCCCCAGAGGCGGAAAGCAGUCACGAUCCCGCCAAGCCGGUCAAUUAUUGGAAGUCGAUCGCGCUUUUCAACGGCCGCAAGACGGACGAGGCCAUUUGGAAGCUCGCGCUGCGGCCGUUUCCGCUGUUCCUGCAGCCGGCCUUCUUAUGGGCUUGCCUCAUUCAGGGGACCCUUAUCGGCUGGACCGUGUUCAUUGGUGUCAUCCUCGGCGCCUAUUUUAUCGGUUAUCCGCUAUGGUGGAACGAGGUCAAGACCGGCUACGCCUACGUUGGGCCUUUUGUUGGCGCUCUCCUGGGCUUCAUCAUCGCCGGCCUCCUGUCCGACUGGUCCGCCCGCGCUAUGACUCGUUGGAACAAGGGCGUUUACGAACCCGAGUUCCGUAUUCUGCUCGUCAUACCUCAGCUAGUCUUCGGCGUUAUGGGCGUCUUCGGCUGGGGUAUCACCGUCGACGGCCUGCUCGACGGCAAGUGGAGUUACGUCGUUCCCCUAAUGUUCUUCGGCUUCGAGGUCUGCGGCAUGGUCAUAGGCGCUGUAGCUAGCAGCUUGUACAUCGUGGAUGCCUAUCGCGACCUGGCCAUCGAGGGCUUCACGUGUAUGAUCAUAUUUAAGAAUAUGUUUGCCUUCGGUCUGACCUUCAAGGCCUACGACUGGCUGAUUAUCAACGGCACCAAGGCGACGCCCGUUUUCAAUGCUCUGGGGGCGGUUCAGGUCGUCAUCUGCAUGCUGAGCGUACCCAUGUACAUCUUUGGCAAGCGGAUUCGGAGCUUUUACUACCGUCAUGAUAUCUUGAAGAUAUUGAACCUCCGAUAG